GUUGACUUUUUCAAAGUGGAAAAUGACUAUUUUCUGAUCGUGCAGCAUUGCGUAACAAUGGCAACCACAGCGUGGUGGUACAGUUUUAAAGUUUGGUUUAUUCUCUGCGCACAUUUUGAACUUUAUCACUUUUCGGGAAUAUUAGAAGAAAAUUUUAUCCAAUUGGCGCCUCCACCACCGCCAUUACCACCAUUUGCACCUAUUGAAGACGAAACCGGAAAUGAUCAUAUACUAGGUCCACCAUUUCGACAAGAACGACAAGAUUCACUUGGAUUUGGAUCAUGUAUUGUGGUUUUAUCAAGGGAAUGUCCACAUAAAGAUGUUUCUUACCACCUGUACACUCGUUCCCACCCGGAUCAUCCGGAAACUAUUCGAAUUGGAGCUAAUUCCGGUGAAUCCAACAUCACCAGCAGUAUGUUCAAUGCAAGCCACCCUACGAAGGUCAUAAUCCAUGGAUAUAAUUCAGACAUGUAUAUUAGUGCACUGGUUGAAGUUAAAAAUCAAUACCUUGCCCAUAAUGAUUAUAACAUUUUCGCUAUCGACUGGAGUCCACUUGCACAAGGUCCCUGCUAUCCUGCAGCCGUGUGGAACGCGAGAUUUGCCGGCCGUUGUUCCGCCAUAUUGAUACAACGCCUUCGUGAACUCAACGUCACGGAUCUACACGUCAUCGGGUUUAGUCUAGGUGCUCAUGUGUGUGCAUUUAUGGCAAACCAUUUGAAUCCAUAUAAAGUUCCACGCAUCACUGGGUUAGACCCUGCAUUACCUGGCUUUGCAACAGUUAGUACUGUAGGGAAACUGGACGCAUCUGACGCGGAAUUUGUUGAUGUGAUUCAUACCAAUGCGUUCGUCCAAGGCAAGGUGGAACAAUGUGGACACGUGGACUUUUAUUGUAAUGGCGGCGUGAUACAACCAGGAUGUUGGGCUGAUAACAGAUUCUUUGCGUGCAACCACCACCGGGCGCCAUUUUACUUUGCGGAAUCCAUCAACUCACCGUUGGGAUUCUACGGCUGGACGUGCCCGAGUUACCUUGCUUAUGUUUUUGGAAGGUGCCCACCCCAAGGAGUACAAACCCUUAUGGGAGAGUAUGUGGAUCGUGCUGUACGCGGGAUGCAGCUGGUUAUUACAGAUUCGGUACCGCCAUUUGCCGUUGGGCAGUUUACUGGUCCCACAAUUGACAUUCUCUACAGGCAACACGAACUCAAUCGAAUCGAAGACUUUGAACGCUACAAGAACGAAUUGGAACAGUGUGACGUAAAUGACAUCAACGAGGCACUAGCAAUUGAAAAUGCACCUGUGCUGUACGAAGAAGAAUUUGAACAUAUUUUCUACUAGAUUCAUUUAGUUGUAAUGUGGUAAAUUAUUCAUCAAACGUUUUACAAACUAGUUGCUUAAUUGCAAUUAUUUCAAGGACUGCGCGAUUAAAAAAAGGGUCAAUUGCACGACAAGCGUAAACGUUUAAAAUUAAAACUACAUUAACGUAAAUAAUUACCUCUUCUACGACCCCAUAAAAUGUAAUUGAAAACAUUUUGAUUGCAAGGAAUUAAAACCGAACUUUAAUUAAUAAACUUUGGUGAUUCAUGA